AUGCCUGCUGCAACAGGAUCAUACUCGAACUCGCUUGACAACAUUCUCCACUCCCUUCAACAAUCCCUCAAUCAUGGCGACACCUCGCACGUGCAAUCACAACUCCAGAAGGCAAAGCUAGCUCUCCUACAACAAGACGCACUAAUACCCUCACAGCAGACACCUGCACCCACCCUAGCAACAGCUCGAUCCAUUCUGGAAGUCGGUGCUCUCCUGUCUAUCCGGUCGCGAGAUCCAGCUUCUUUCGUCAGAUACUACUCCCAGUUACAGCCGUUCUACGACUAUCCCCGCCUCCAGCAAACGCCUUCAAGAGAGAGAUCGAAGAUAACAGGGCUCUAUCUACUGCUACUACUCAGUCAGGGUGACUAUGCCGGUUUCCAUACGCUGCUUGAAUCUCUGAUUGUGGCGGAGGGCGCCAAUGGAGGAUCGUCUGUGGAAGAAGAUCAAUUCAUAAGAUACCCUGUAGAGCUGGAGCGGAGUCUGAUGGAGGGAAGCUACGAUCAAGUGUGGCGGAAGACAAAUGGUCGAGACGUGCCCGGAGAAGAGUUUGCCUUGUUUUCUGAUAUACUAAUCAACACCAUUCGCCUCGAGAUCGCGUCUUGCGCGGCCCGUUCGUAUCCAUCGUUACCUAUUGCCUCAGCUAAGAAUCUCCUCUUCCUGGACUCUGAGGGUGCGGUCACCGAGUUCGCAAGUGAGCAAGGUUGGAGUCUUGAAGACGGGCGGAUCUACUUCCCUGGCCUAGAAGAUGCGAAGAAAGCCGAAGACGGUGAUCAGAAGGAAGUGAUCAAUCACAUGGUCGGGUACGCCAGGGAUCUGGAGAUGAUCGUGUAG